UCAGUCAUUUUCGGGCGAAAGUCCCAAGGGCAGCGCGCGCGGGAAACCGCAAACCCACCGCACCAGCGCGCGCUCGACGAAAUGCCGCCGCCGCCGCGGCAGGACUUCCCGCCGUUCCCUUUCGUGCCGUACCCGAUCCAGACGGAGUUCAUGUCCAUCCUUUACAGCGCCCUCUCCUCCGGGCCCCGCGCCCUCGCCCUCCUCGAAAGCCCCACCGGCACCGGAAAGACCCUCAGCAUCAUCUGCAGUGCGCUCCAAUGGCUUCUUGACCACCGCGACGCCGCCUCGCUGGGCCACCCCGAACGGGCCAAUGGCUCCGCCCCCGCUGCUGUCGGCGGCGAAGACGACGAGCCCGACUGGAUGCGGGAUUUCACACUGCAGCCGCUGCCGCCUAAGAAGGACAUCAGGAAGAAGUCGGAGACUCACCCGUCCAGGAGGCAUGGAACGAAGAAAGUGGGGGGUUCGGAGAAAUCUGAGCGAAUUCGGGAGAAUGACGACGAGGAGGAAUUCUUGCUUGACGAGUACGAGAGCGAUGACGGGGAGGGGGGUUCGGAGAAAUCUGAGCGAAUUCGGGAGAAUGACGACGAGGAGGAAUUCUUGCUUGACGAGUACGAGAGCGAUGACGGGGAGGGCACAGGACGGCAGGCCGGGAAGCGGGCACAUUGUGGUGGUGCUAGUAGUAGUAGUAGUAGUGAGAGCGAGGAUGAUGAGGAUGAAGAGGAGGCCACUCCCAAGGUGUAUUUCACCAGCCGUACGCAUUCACAGCUCUCGCAGUUUGUCGGGGAGCUCAAAAGGACGAAUUUCUCAGGGAAGCUCAGGACAGUGUGCUUGGGAUCCAGAAAGAGCUUGCGUAUUAACAUGGAUGUUCAGAAGCCCGGGAGUGCAAACCGGAUCAACGAGAGGUGCUUGGAACUGCUAAAGAACAAGAAGAGCAGCAAAAUUAAGGUCGAGGGUGAUAACAAGAAGGGACGCCAAACAAAGGCCUCUUGUCGGUGCCCAAUGUUAGGAAACAGAAGUCUGCAGAAACAGUUCAGGAGUGAAGUGUCCGACCAUGGUCCAUUGGACAUUGAGGAUUUGGCACAACUUGGAAGGAAGAUUGGAACAUGUCCUUACUACGGUGCACGUGACAUGGUCCGCUCAGCUGACCUUGUAGUACUUCCUUACCAGUCUUUGUUGCUGAAGUCUGCUAGAGAAUUACUUGGCCUUAAUCUGAAGAACAGUGUUGUCAUCAUAGAUGAGGCUCACAACUUAGCAGACUCCCUUACUAGCAUGUACAACUCAAAGCUCGAAUCUUCUCAGGUUACAGAUGACGCACAUGCUGUUAUUCUGGCUGGUGGAACCCUCCAGCCUAUUGAAGAAAAAAGGUUGCGCCUGUUUCCAGGCUUAUUGCCUAGUGAUAUAAAAUUCUUCUCAUGCAACCAUAUUGUUCCCCCUGAGAGUAUUCUUCCUAUAGCUGUUACAUGUGGGCCUUCAGGCAAGAAAUUUGAUUUCAGCCACAGUUCAAGGAGCUCUCUUAACAUGAUCGAAGAGCUUGGACGUUUUCUUUGCAAUAUAGUGACAAUAGUACCAGAAGGAAUAGUAAUGUUUCUCUCUUCCUACGAAUAUGAAAAACAAGUUUAUGAUGCAUGGAUGGCUUCAGGCACAAUUUCUAAGAUUUCUAAGAAGAAACACGUGUUCAGAGAACCAAGAAGCAGUGUUGAUGUCGAGGUGAUACUCAACAAAUACAAGGAGGCAAUUCAAUCCUGCAGCAAAGGUUCAGGAGACACUAGUGUUAACGGGGCACUUUUAUUGGCUGUUGUCGGUGGGAAGAUCUCUGAAGGUAUAAACUUCAGUGAUGGCAUGGGUCGUUGUGUUCUGAUGGUUGGAUUGCUUUAUCCAAGUCCAGAUGAUAUUGAACUGAUGGAGACAAUAAAACACAUUGGAAACUAUUCUACCUCAUCUGUGAUUGGAGAUGAUAAGCCCUUCAACGGAAACGAUGAAUGCAAGCUUGAGCCUGGCUUUGAUGUACUAAGGAAGAGUGGUAAAAGUGGCCGAGAGUACUAUGAGAACUUGUGCAUGAAAGCUGUGAAUCAGUCUAUCGGUAGAGCAAUCAGGCAUGUAAAUGACUAUGCUGCAAUGCUGUUGGUUGACUCACGUUAUGCACACACCUCAUCAAGCAGGGGUUUCUCUUGCCCCGUUGAAAAGCUACCCCAGUGGAUCAAGACACGACUCACUUGCGGUCAAAACUAUGGGGAAGUUCAUAGAUUGUUGCUUCAGUUUUUCAAAAUCAACAAACAAAUACAUUGAAAUAUUACAGAUGUUGCCACAUUUAAUUAAGCCAAGCCCGUACAGGCUUGCACAAACGUAAUGCAUUUUUGUUUGGCUGAUAUCAGUGCAAUGCGCAUAUGUGUAGCUACCUACUGAUGGCCAACUGUUCGAAGGUACUGUUAGCACUUGAAAUCCCAUGUUAUCGGUGGCUGAU